AUGCAACUCCCCCGUCGUCGAGCACGCGGAGUCGAGGAGGGAGAGGGAUGGCCUCACCAGCACCAGGAGCCCUGGAGGAGGAAGAGAAGGGGUUGGUUGGCCUGGAGGAGGAAGAGAAGGGGUUGGUUGGGCUGCACCGGCUUGUUCCGGUUCGCGGACGGCGCGGACGCGGUGCUCAUGGCCGCGGGUGCCGCGGGUGCAGUCGCCAGCGGCGUGGCACAGCUGCUCAUGACGCUCAUCUUCGGCGAGGUCGUCAACGCCUUCGGCUCCGGCUCCCGCCACGACAUCCUGCACCGCGUCUCCGGGGUGUGCCUGAAGUUCGUCUAUCUGGCCAUUGGGUCAUGGUUUGCUUGCUUCCUACAGGUUGCGUGUUGGAUCAUCACUGGAGAAAGACAAGCAGCUUGCAUACGGGGUCUCUAUCUUGAAGCUCUAUUGAGACAAGACAUUGCAUUUUUUGACAAGGAAAUGACCACUGGACAAUUGGUUGAGAGUAUGUCCGGAGAUACAAUACUUAUCCAGGAUGCAAUUGGUGAAAAGGUUGGGAAGUUUAUACAACUUACUGCCACAUUUGUUGGAGGGUUGGUGAUUGCUUUCUCUAAAGGAUGGCUUUUAGCUGCUGUUAUGAUGUCAAGUGUCCCUCCUAUAGUAGUUGCUGGAGCAGCUAUUUCAUGGACUGUAUCGAAACUGUCAAGCCAGGGUCAAGCUAAGUACAAUGAAGCAGGCAUUGUCGUUGAACAGACAAUUGGAGCCAUCAGAACAGUUGCUUCCUUCAAUGGUGAGAAUCGGGCCAUUGCAUUAUACAAUAAGUAUAUUAGGAAUGCAUAUGUAUCUGCUGUCCAAGAAGGAACGGCUACUGGCCUGGGCUUUGGUUUCGUUAUGCUUAUUCUGUUCUGCACCCAUGGUCUAACAGCAUGGUAUGGGGCAAAACUGAUUAUUGAUAAAGGAUAUGAAGGAGGUCAGGUUGUAAGUGUCUGGAUGGCAUUCAUGACAGGUGCAAUGUCAUUAGGUGAGGCAACACCAUGCGUGACUGCUUUUGCUUCUGGCCGGGCUGCUGGGCACAGAAUGAUGCAGAUAAUCCAAAGGAAGCCACAAAUUGAUCCUAAUGGAACAGAUGGGAUCGUGCUAGCAAACAUGAAGGGUGAUAUAGAGCUAAGGGAUGUAUACUUUUCGUACCCAUCUAGACGUGAUCAAUUGAUAUUUGAUGGCUUCUCGUUGCAUGUAUUAAGUGGAAAAACAAUGGCUAUAGUGGGACAGAGUGGUAGUGGGAAGUCGACAGUGAUUAAUCUUGUGGAGAGAUUCUAUGACCCUCAGGCUGGUGAAGUUUCAAUAGAUGGUGUUAACAUAAAAAGCCUGAGGCUUGGAUGGCUAAGGGAAAAUAUCGGUCUUGUUAGUCAAGAACCACUGUUGUUUGCCACUAGUAUUCGGGAGAACAUUGUCUAUGGGAAAGAAGAUGCAACAGACGAGGAGAUAAUGGCCGCGACAAAGCUUGCUAAUGCAGCAAAUUUCAUUGAUAAGUUACCUAAUGGCCUAGACACAAUGGUUGGUGAGCAUGGAGCACAAUUGUCUGGAGGGCAGAAACAAAGAAUUGCAAUCACAAGGGCAAUACUGAAAAAUCCCAAAAUCUUGCUGCUUGAUGAAGCAACAAGUGCACUAGAUAUGGAGUCUGAGAGAGUGGUUCAGGAGGCCCUUAACAGAAUUAUGCAAGGCAAGACCACGAUCAUAGUUGCCCAUCGAUUGAGCACUAUAAAAGAUGCUGACACUAUAUCAGUCAUACAUCGCGGAAAAGUAGUUGAACUAGGCACACACACUGAACUACUUCAGGACCCCAAUGGUGCAUAUUCCCAGCUUAUCCAGCUGCAGGAUAUAACUGGAGAACCAGAUGCAUCUGAUGUAGAUUAUCAAAGGUCUACUUCAGCUGUCAGAAAUGUCGAGUCCUUGAACAAAUCUAAGCAUGCUCCAUCUCUCAAGAGGUCAAUAACUGGUGGCGCUUCAUUAGGGAGUACCAGCGUGCACUUGAUCACUAGUGCCAACAUGAUUGUCCUGGAGAGCACAGAUACUGAACCACUGCCUAAAGUAUCGGAUGAAGGUACAGUGGCUGCAGUCAUAUCAGGUGUUAUGUUUCCAGUGUUAGUGGAGAAUUUCCUUUUUGGAGUAGCUGGUGGAAAAUUGGUUGAACGCAUUCGCUCGUUAUCUUUUCAAAACAUUGUUUGUCAAGAAAUCAGCUGGUUUGAUAGGCCUUCAAAUGCUAGUGGAAAUGUUGGUGCAAGGCUGUCUGUCGAUGCUUCAAAUAUACGACGUCUUGUAGGCGAUUCAUUGGCAUUGAUGGUUCGAAGCACUGUUACAGUUAUUGCAGGAUUUGUCAUUGCAAUGGUUGCAAAUUGGAGGCUUGCCCUCGUUGCCACGGUAGUGCUUCCUUGGGGGGGUCUCCAGGGAUUCCUCCAAAUAAAGUUCUUGGAGGGAUUCAGUGCAGAUGCCAAGGCAAUGUAUGAAGAAGCAACUCAAGUGGCAAAUGAUGCUGUCAGUGGUAUUCGAACUAUUGCUUCUUUCUGUGCGGAGCCUAAGGUAAUGAAGACUUACUAUGGAAAAUGCAAAGCUCCAGUGCAGCAGGGGACCCGUCAAGGCAUUGUCAGUGGCUUGGCCUUUGGUGUAUCAUUCUUCCUAAUGUAUUCUACAUAUGCCCUUUGUUUCUACAUUGGAGCGAAGUUUAUUCUUGAUGGCAAGGCCACGUUCACUGAAGUAUUCAGAGUGUUCUUUGCUCUGCUCUUGGCAACCGCAGGCGUUUCACAGAGAAGUGUGUUAGGUUCAGAUUAUGCCAAGGCCAAAGCAUCAACAUCAACUAUAUUUGCACUCAUUGAUAGUAAAUCAAAGAUCGAUCCUAGCAGUGAUGACGGCAUGGUCUUGGUUGACGUCGCUGGUGAACUUGAGCUCCGCCAGAUCGGUUUCUCAUAUCCAUCCCGACCUGAUAUUCAAAUAUUCAGAGAUCUCAACUUGAGAAUACCAUCUGGGAAGACGGUUGCCCUCGUCGGCGAGAGCGGCUGCGGCAAAUCCACCAUCAUCGCUCUCCUGGAGAGAUUUUAUGACCCUGAUUCUGGCACGAUCACAUUGGACGGUGUGGACAUCAAGGACCUCAAGGUGGGCUGGCUGCGGCGGCAGAUGGGGCUGGUGAGCCAAGAGCCGAUCCUGUUCAACGACACCAUUCGCGCGAACAUAGCCUACGGGAAAGAAGGCGAGGCGACGGAAGAAGAGAUCACCGCCGCCGCGAAGGCCGCGAACGCGCACCGGUUCAUUUCGGCGCUGCCGCAGGGCUACGGCACCGUGGCCGGCGAGAGGGGCGCCCAGCUGUCCGGCGGGCAGAAGCAGCGGGUGGCCAUCGCGAGGGCCGUGCUGAGGGACCCGAGGAUCCUGCUCCUGGACGAGGCGACGAGCGCGCUGGACGCCGAGUCGGAGCGCGCCGUCCAGGAGGCGCUGGACCGGGCCGCGGCCGGCAGGACGACGGUCGUGGUGGCGCACCGGCUGUCGACGAUCAGGGACGCCGACGUGAUCGCCGUGCUGGGGAACGGCGAGGUCGUCGCCCAGGGCACGCACCAGCAGCUGAUGGCGGCCAGGGACGGCGUGUACGCGUCGCUCGUGGAGCUCCGCAUGAGGUCCGAGCGCGCCGGUGUCUCCUCGUCAGCAUGA